AUGCGUGGUCUUAUGGUAUUGUGCGUUGUUGCCCUUUGCUCGGCAGCCCCUCAAGGUUACAAUUAUCCCAGCAAUCCUGCUGGACACUAUUUGCCACCUACAGCACCUAGCCAGCCUAGCGGCCACUACUUACCACCAACAGCACCUGAAACAUCGGCCUAUGGUCAGCAACAUCAACAACCUCUGGUUACCAAACGCUUCUUCAUCCACUCUGCUCCUGAAGAGGAAGAAGUCGAAGUCCAGCAUAGAGAUAUUGUCGUUGGCACCCCUCGCAAGAACUUCAACGUUGUCUUCAUUAAAUCGGCCACUGAUAAGAAACAAAAGACCAAAAUCCGUGUCAUUCCUGCCGUUAACGAAGAUAAGACUGUCAUCUAUGUCUUGGCCAAGAAAACCGAUGCUCCUCAAUUGGAAACCUAUGUUGAAGAACCUGCCACAACCACCACCAAACCCGAGGUAUUCUUCAUUAAAUACAAGACCAAUGAAGAAGCCGAACAUGCCCAGCGCAGCAUUCAAGCUGAAUAUGAUCAUUUGGGUGGCAACACUGUUAUCUCGAAUGAAGGUGUAUCCCCCGUCUCAUCGGUAAUUGGUAGCUUGGAUGCCUUGCAACAAGAAGCUGGAACUGCUGAUGCCUCCUUUGGCGAAAGCACUGGUCCCGAGUACUCUGAUGUUGUUGAGUCAGCUGACAAUGCUGGUAAUGCCUAUUUACCACCUGUGAAGAAACAUUAA